UUUAUGGAUAAAUUAUGAGCAUUUCAGCAUCAGAAAUAUUUGUAUUCCGUUUGUAGCAAAUCAUAUGUUCCACGUAAAUGUCCUUAAUAGUUUAAUUUGGGGAGUUAUUCUCAGGUACGUAAGCUCGAGAUUUCAUCAAAUCAACGAGCACAUAUAUAAUCUGCUUAAAAAUGACGCAAUGUACACUAGAAGACAAAAUAAAUUAAUCUUAGGUAGUCAGCAAAAUGCAGAAAAGCAAAAAAAAUGUAGACAAUACAUGUGGAUUAUAAUGCAUGUUCACCUGGAAUUGUGCUUUAUAUCACGAGAGUUGAACGAAGUGUUCAGUAUACCAAUGACAAUGCAAAUGGCAUCUUAUUUCGCGUUCUUUGUGGAAUUGUGUUGCGAGUUUUACGCGACAUAUAUAGAUAAAAAUAAAAAUACAUUUGAACAUUUUCUAAGUAACUUUAUUAUUUAUGUCUGGGCCGUUACAUAUACUAUAAAACUUCUCGCAUUAAAUCAUAUUUGUCAAAUAAUUUCCGAUGAGACAAAUGAGACAGUAGCGAUUCUUUAUAAAUUGUCCAACGACAAUUCGGAUAAAGGCUUACAAGUCCAGAUUCUACAAUUUAUAUUACAAAUAAAACGGAGGGAAGUAAAAUUUUAUGGUAUGGGACUUUUCUAUUUUGGUUAUGAUUUUGUUCGUAAGUUCUAUGCAGCAAUUACGACUGUAUUGGUGAUUGUAAUACAAAUGCGUAUAACUGAUGAAGAUUUAUUACCGUAUGAUGAUGUAAUUGAUGAAACUUAAUUGAUCGAAUAAGCUGUGAAAACGCUUACUAACACUAUGCAUCAUAUCUAUG